UGUGUGUGUGUGUGUGUGUAUAUAUAUAUAUAUAUAUUCAUCUCUUUAUUUUUCCUUUCUCUUUAUACAAAGUACAUCAAUAUUUUUCCUUUCCCUUAUUCUCCCAAGCUUUUGAUGGCGAAAACUACAAAACAAAACCAGAAAAACACUAGUACUGCUUCAAAAAACGACAGCAUCAAGAACAACAAUAUCUCUGCAACAACAAAAGCGAAGCGCACACGAAAGACUGUUCCCCGAAACUCACCCCAGCAGCGUAGUUCAAUCUACAGAGGAGUCACAAGACAUCGAUGGACCGGACGAUAUGAAGCUCAUUUGUGGGAUAAGAAUUGCUGGAAUGAAUCACAGAACAAGAAAGGAAGACAAGUAUAUCUUGGGGCAUAUGAUGAUGAGGAGGCUGCAGCACAUGCCUAUGACUUGGCAGCAUUGAAGUACUGGGGACAAGAUACAAUCCUUAAUUUCCCAUUAUCAACAUAUGAAGAAGAGCUCAAAGAAAUGAAUGGUCAAUCGAAAGAAGAAUAUAUUGGAUCUUUGAGAAGGAAAAGUAGCGGAUUUUCACGAGGGGUGUCAAAAUAUAGAGGCGUGGCAAGACACCAUCAUAAUGGAAGAUGGGAAGCUCGAAUUGGCAGAGUAUUCGGAAACAAAUAUCUCUAUCUUGGAACAUAUGCUACCCAAGAAGAAGCAGCCACGGCUUAUGAUAUGGCAGCCAUAGAGUACCGUGGACUUAACGCCGUUACUAACUUUGACCUUAGUCGUUAUGUCAAAUGGUUACAUCCAAACCACCAAAAUAACCCUAGUAAUUUUCAACCAAACUCUGACGGUGAUCUUAAUCCAAUUCCAAAUCAAAAUCCUCAAUUAGGAUUAGAUUUGUCACCUAGUCAUGAGACCUCGAGUGCUAAUAAGUCAACCACGGUCCUACCACGGACCGCCAUUGGUGGUGGUGGUAAUUCAACCUCGUCGGCAUUAGGGUUACUAUUACAAUCUACUAAAUUCAAAGAAAUGCUUGAAAGGACCUCGACAACAUCCAACUACCUGUCACCACCUCCGGAGGCUAGCCCACCGCGGAGGAGCUUUCCCGAUGACAUACAAACUUAUUUUCAUUGCCAUGAGCCCAGUAGCCAUGUUGAGGGAGAUGACAUUAUUUUUGGUGACUUAGAUACAUUUACUUCACCAUUUUUUCACUCUGAAUUAGAUGCAUAAUAUCAUUAUGGAAGUUCGGUUCUUACCAUCUAAGUUUUUGUGAAUGGUGCAUGGUAAGAGUAAAGAGACAAUUUAAUUAAAUUUGAUUUUUUUUUUUUUUUUUUAAAAGAUGAACUCUUCCUUUAUUCCAAGAAUUAGGAAGAAAACAGUUUAAUAUUCUAAUUGUUUAGUUUUGGUUCAUUUUCAUGUAGAUAGAGAUUGGAACUUGUAGAACAUUCAUUUAUCAAUUUUACUUGUCUUAAUAAAACCAUCGCUGGCAUCCAAGACA